AUGGGUGGAAGGAGAGUGACAAGGUCGGGCACGCAGUUCGGUAACCCGCGUAUGCCAUUGGGAUCACCGGGAAUUGGAUGGAUUGGCACGUUUCAUGCCACGAUGUUGUUCCGUGCAAAGCGGGAAGCUCGUGGUGAAAGCCAGGAAGAAGGCGACGGCUUCGACCUCGACGAGCUUCAUGAUGCUUUCAUGAUAUCGCUUUAA